AUGUUUGUUAACCAUAGCCUGUCAUCCAUUCCAGGCUCGUACCCUGCCAGUGCCUUGAAUAUAAGAUCUAAUUCAUCAAAUAAUAGCAAUAUAAACAAGAACGCAACUAAUAUGAGGACGAAUAUGACGGCGACUUCUUCCACGUCUGCCACCGUUGAAGUAAGUCGAUACGUUGAAGAUGAUUUCGAGUUUAGGUUCAGCUCAAAUCAAUUCAUACGCCGCAAGACAAGAGCACAGCAUGAGUUUCUUGCACAACUAGAAGGUUUGUGCUAUAUUCUCAUAUUCUACCAGUUCAUAAAGUUUUGUUACAGUGCAUGUCUCAUACCUACUCUUUUGCAUGUAUUAGUGCUUGCGUUUGUCAAUUAUAAUUUUGCCAUCGAUCCUGAAACAGGCGAUGUAUUGCUUCGAGCGAUGUUUGAGGAAUCGCUGGAUCACCAAGAGAGAAUUGAGUUGCUCAAGAGACGCUUACCAAGAAUCUGUUUUGCAGUAUAUUGCAAAACCGUAUUUGUGAUGGCGUACCACAUCUUGUUUAUAUGUACAUGGAUGAUCAGCUUAGUUGAUGAGGGCCAAUUAGACGAAUUGGAGACUGGGAGCUGGUGGUUUGUAUCGUUUAUUGGAGAAGAGCCACCUAUCAUUCAUAAGGAAUUAGGAUACUGGGCGAAAGCAAUAAAAUUAGGAUUGGUUCAGUUGCUUUUAUUGGAUAUAAUCAUUUUAUUUCUACAAUUGGUGUUGUUUCAGUGCAUUUUUAAGCAAAGUUUAGCAGUUGGCGCAAGAAGCUUGGAUGAACGAGAAGUAGAGCUUAUUCGAGGGAAGAAUAUACCGCUGUCGUUAACCAUUGCUGGUGAUGAUAGCAACAGCGAGCUUAACGGCCUGCAUGAAUUGGGAGAGGGGAGAAUAUUGGCAUUGCAAGUACGAUUAUAUGAGCUUCUACUGUUUUGGCAUCUCAGUGACUGGAAUUCACGUACUACUGCCGAUGUUAGGAAUGAAGGUGAUUAA